UGGCAGGGUAUUAUGUGAAAUAUAACCUUAAUGGUUGUACGCAAAUAUUCAUUUGAAAGUUUGUUCACGAGAGUGGUAACUAAGCAAACGACCAUCGCUCUUGCAUCGACACACUCUCAUCUGCUUAUAUGACGAGUGUUGUAGCAGCACGUUACGAAAAGAGAAAUGUGUCGCCGAGUUCGUUGAAUCCGUCAAAGCCGUUGUUACACAAGCAAAGGAACUGCGAUUAUGUCGGGAUGAUUUCGAGCUGCUCAAAGUGAUCGGAAAGGGAGCAUUUGGUGAAGUGGCGGUAGUGCGGAUGCGAGGUGUUGGAGAGAUAUAUGCAAUGAAAAUAUUGAAUAAGUGGGAAAUGUUGAAACGUGCGGAAACAGCUUGUUUUCGAGAAGAACGUGAUGUGCUUGUUUAUGGUGAUCGACGAUGGAUAACAAAUUUGCACUUCGCUUUCCAAGACGAAAAAAAUUUGUAUUUUGUUAUGGACUAUUAUGUUGGUGGUGACAUGCUAACAUUGUUAUCAAAGUUCGAAGAUCGUAUCCCUGAAACGAUGGCUCGAUUUUAUAUCGCUGAAAUGGUGUUGGCGAUUGACUCCGUACAUAACUUGGGUUAUGUUCAUCGGGAUGUGAAACCGGAUAAUGUUCUACUAGACAUACAAGGACACAUACGGCUUGCAGAUUUUGGAAGUUGUCUUCGUUUGUUACCCGACGGUACUGUGGCUUCCAACGUUGCCGUUGGAACCCCAGACUAUAUCUCACCCGAAAUUUUACGUGCUAUGGAAGACGGUAAAGGACAUUAUGGGAAAGAAUGUGACUGGUGGUCCCUAGGAAUUUGCAUGUAUGAGAUGUUAUACGGAAACACCCCGUUUUACUCCGAACGCCUGAUCGAUACGUACGGGAAGAUUAUGAGUCAUCAGGAUAUGCUCGAUUUCCCCGAUGAGGAUAUUGACUGGACGAUAUCUGAAGAGGCGAAGGACUUGAUACGACGGUUGAUUUGUCCCAGAGAAGUCCGUCUUGGCAAAGGUGGCUUCGCUGAUUUCCGUGAUCAUCCGUUUUUUGUUGGCAUAGAUUGGGCACAAAUACGUGACUCGGAUCCUCCUUAUCAUCCAGAAGUAUCCAGUCCAACUGAUACUUCAAAUUUUGACGUUGAUAUUUGUGAAGAUGAUUUUACACCUUGUGUCAGUGAGACUCAACCUCCUCGCGUUACCGCUGCUUUUACGGGUCAUCAUCUUCCAUUCAUUGGCUUUACGUACACUCAUGGAAGGUGGGUUGCCUUGGAUUUUCGUUUCAUGAAAUCAGCGAUUUCAUUGGCGAGGAAGUGUCAAGGUUUACUUUGUUGUUUUUUAUUGUUUUUAUAUAUCUUGGUGUUGGUGGAAGCGAGUCAAUUUAUCCAGUCGUUUUCUGGCGAGCUUCGUUCGGAUGAGGAGAAAAACUACGAACAGACGAUAGCGCAGCUUCGGGAUGAAAUUCAGAUCUUAAAGACACGCUUGGCAGAUGAAGCUGCAUCGAAAGAGCGUGCUGCUACUGCUAAAGAUCCAGCUAUCGAGGAUUUGGAGAAGAAAGUUCGGGAACUGAAGGAGAAGAAUCGACAAUUGAUUCUGGAGAAGACCGAGUUGCAGCGGGUGAGCAACCUGCUGAUUGGCGUUGGUGAAUUGGGCGAUUUCGAAACGGAUGGCAGUUGUGGUCGGGGAAGAAUUAGAGAUCGCGAAUUCUCUAGAGUGCAAUAUGAACGUCUUCAAAAGGCAUUGGAGGACAAUAUUGGUCAACUGAAACUGGAGAAUGACACGCUUCGAGCUGAACUUUCUCGAGAAAUGGCUCGGCCAGGUAUCAACGAACAGCAGCUUCAUGAGAUUUUAAAUUGGGUGAAUGAGGAGAAGGCAACCAGAGAGGAAAUGGAAGUAUGUCUUCAACUAGCCGCAAUUUCUAUCAGUUGUUCGCCAGUUUCCACAGCUAAAUCAGUAUCAAUUUGUACCACAGCUGUCUUUUUUAAGAUUUUGGACGCGAAAAAAGCAUUGAACGCUGAGAUUCGAGCUAAAUGUGAACUUCAAGAAGAGCUGAGCAAAACACGUUCGGCGUUGUUCGCUUCAAAGGCUCGUUUAGAUGAGUGCGAAGAACGUGUGAGUGUCGUUUUCUUUUUACAAACCAUGCUUCUAUCUUUAUUCUGUCUUUCAGUUGACUCACUUGAUCAUUUCAUCGCGGAAAUUUUCAGAGAAAGGAAGGUACAUUUCCUCACAAUUCAAGCUAAUCGAAUUCACUUCCAGGUUAUACAGUCAUUGAACAACGCGUUGAACGGUCGAGGUCAUCAGUUCCAGCAUGUUCAUUUGAACGCACCAACAAAAUGUGGCCACUGUACUUCUAUCCUAGUUGGAUUGGAUCGACAGGGACUUUACUGUCAAACAUGUCAUUAUGCGUGCCAUGUGCACUGUUCUUCUCGGGUCGUACCACAAUGUCCUGUGCCACCAGAUGCUCGUCGCCCUCUCGGAAUAGAUCCACUAAAAGGCGUUGGAACUGCCUACGAAGGACUUGUGAAAACACCUCGCGCUGGAGGUGUGAAGAAGGGUUGGCAACACACGUAUGUGGUUGUGUGCGAUUUUAAACUCUACCUCUAUGAUUGCAUCACAGAUCGACAAAAUAAGGCCAACGAAAUCCAUCCGGUACUUGAUAUGAGAGAUCCUGAUUUUGGUGUUACCGGUGUCAGUGAGCAAGAUGUGAUUCAUGCCAAUAAGAAUGAUUUGGCAAAAAUCUUUCGUAUUACGACCAGCCAAAUCCAAGGAUCAUCAUCUACGGAUGAAAGUGCUGCGACGAAGCAGUACACAUUGUUGAUGGCUGAUAGUCAAGAAGAGAGGAAGAAAUGGGUGAUAGCACUGAACGAACUCAAAACUUUGCUGAAGCGGUCACGUCUUGCUGAUCGUAGUGCCUUUAGUGUAAAGGAAGUAUUUGAUGUUACCAGUCUACCAUCAAUACGGGUGGCUCAAUGUGCAGUCGUCAUCGACCGAACUAAAGUGGUUAUCGGCUUUGCCGACGUUGGCAUGUAUUGCGUUGAACUAGACCGUGAGACGUUAGUGGCAGUUGGCGGUGAGAAGGAGAACAAGGGUCGUUUCGUAGAGAAGGUGGAGUUCAAUGCGUCGGAGCAGUUAAUGCUAGUAAUGGUCGGUCCUACGAAAGAUCGCCACGUUCGGUUGGUGCCCUCUGCUGCGCUCGAUGGACGGGAUUUAAAGUGGAUCAAGGUGGCCGAAACAAAAGGUUGUCAUCUGAUGUCGAUGAGUGCUGGUACUGGAAAUGUGCACUACAUAGCUGUUGCGAUAAAGAAGAGUGUCAUAGUUUAUCAGAUUGACCGCAGUGAAAAAAGGCACAAGAAAUGGAAGGAAUUAGCUAUGCCGGGUUUGCCACAGUCGUUAGCAGUGGAAGGUGACCGCUUAGUUGUUGGCUUUACGCAUUCGUUUCGCACAUGGGCGCUGGGAGAUCAAGCCAACACUAAGCAUAUUUCUCUUGUGAAUAUGGAGGACCAGUCGCUACAAUUUCUCAGCCAAUCGAAUUACGAAGCACAACUCAUGAUCGAAUUGAAUGGAGAUACAUAUUUACUGGUGUUCGACAAAUUAGGUCUCUACGUUGAUGCUCAAGGCCGGAGAAGUCGAUCUCAAGAGUUAAUGUUUCCAUCGGCUCCACGACCAGGCGGUUUCGCACAUCUUAGUCCUCAUCUUUGCGUGUAUUCUGAUAACCAGGUUGACGUAUUUGAUGUGAGAUCUGCUGAAUGGGUCCAAACAAUCAACCUCAGGACGGCUAUGCCUUUGACACCGGAUGGCCUUCUUUCUUUAUGUGUAGUGAAUGAUGCACCGUUUGUUGUCAUGUUGUGUGACGUGCUUUCAGACUCACAAAGAAGGGUUCUACAAAGUAACACAUUUCCCUCAUUAUCCUUAAUUUCCAGCCCUGGCGAUCGAAGAAGUAAUUUGCCGAUAUCUUAUCCGAGUGAUUUUAUGCAUAUUGUGCAUAUGGGACCAGGAUCAGUUCACGAACUCCAAAGUUUCAUCGACCUUCAACCGCAAGGUGGAACCAAUCAGCCAACUACAGACAAGGUGAAUGAUUUUCAAAUGCUGUUGGGUUCUGAAAGAGCUUGCAGUAACUUCCAAGACCUACAUUCUCUCAACUUCGGCAUUGCUAAAUAA